UUGUGUAUACACACCCAUUGCUUGGCUCAGUUUGACAGCAGAACUGCAGGGAGAGUCUAAACAGACUGUAGGUGUGCAGAUACAGUGGAGUGAUACGAUCUCCACAUGGAACGCCGGUUGAUGACACUGCUGCUGUUUCAGGCAGUAUGGAAUGGUGUUCUUGCAAAAAAACACUUGGUGAAUAAAAGAGGACUCAUUGAAUUAUACAGAACCGUAAAAUGUGGUACCAGCCGAUUUUCUUUAGCCUAUGUAGGUUACGGAUGCUAUUGCGGUCCAGGAGGAAGCGGAUGGCCCAAGGAUGAAACAGAUUGGUGCUGCCAUAGACAUGACUGCUGUUAUGACUUUGCACAACGACAAGGCUGUCACCCCAUAACAGACAGAUAUAAGUGGACUUGUCAGAACAAUACUGUGAUAUGCGAUACUGUCCUAGACAGAUGUCAAAACAUAAUUUGCCAGUGCGACAAAGAAGCAGCUUGGUGUUGGAGAUUUGCACCAUUCAAUAAGAGCUACAUCUUCUGGCCAAAUUAUCUUUGUGGCCGAAUAUCUCCUUCAUGUGGCUAUAGGAUUUAAUAGAUUAUUAUAAUAAACAAUUUAAAACUGUUGAGUUUUUUUAAUAUUAGGGUCUUUUUCUGCACAUUUUUCAACUUAAAGGCUAUAAGUUUCCUAAUCUUUUACACUUUUCCAGCUUCUGAAAUUAUGAAUCAUACUUUGGAAUUCUGCAAAUAUCUAAACUACCAGUUGAUGGCAGCAGAGAAACCUAACAUUCCUGCCCUCUGAGGAUCAUCAGCUAGAUACAGAGAAGUUCCAUUGUUGCAGAAUUAUUUACUUAGAAAUAUAUGCUGUGGAAAAUGUGCAUAUGAACAUUUAAACGUGUUACUAAAUUGCAUCUACCAAUUUAAGAAGCUAACAUGAUAAAAUAUAUGUUUACCAUAUGAUUUCAUUCUGUUUAGAAAAUCAAUAUAAUUUUAUACAAAUAUCAAAUCUUCUUU